AUCCUAUACUCUAGAUACACAAACCAAUGCCCCAAAUCAUAUAGUAAAAUGACCUUCCCAACCAAAACCCUUCUCCUUCUAAUCGCCCUCCCCAUCCUCAUCUUGCUUGAAAUCCAACACCUGCACAUCUUCACUGACUCCACCUCCCUCCCCUCAUGGCUCCCAGACCUCCUGCACCCUCCGCGCCCGCGCGUGUCCAUACCCCAGGGAGCUGUCCUGGGAUCAACGAUCGCACAGGAUCUGAAGACCCCCGUCGAGGCGUUUCGCGGCAUUCCGUAUGCGAAGGCGCCGGUGGGGGAGAGGCGGUUUCGACGGGCCGAGGCUGUAGAUGUCCCUGGGUCUGAUGGGGUGGUGAUUGAUGCGGGGAGGAUGGGGAAGAGAUGUCCCGGAAAGCAAUUGAUUCCGCUGAAAGGCGAUAUCGGCAGCGACGAAGACUGUCUGACUGUCAAUGUAUUCCGGCCAAAAGGCGUGGCGGAGGGCCAGAAGGUCCCUGUUGCGGUGUAUAUCCAUGGGGGAGCGUAUAAUCGGGGGUCUGCUCUCAUGCAUAAUACGGCGUCGAUGGUCGGAUGGUCGGAGCGUCCGUUUGUCGGCGUUUCUUUUAAUUACCGAAUCGGCGCCCUCGGCUUCCUGCCGUCCGUCACCACCGCUAAAGAAGGGCUGUUGAAUCUCGGUCUGCAUGAUCAGCUCCUCCUGCUGCAGUGGGUCCAGGACAAUAUCGCCUCUUUUGGCGGCGAUCCCGGCCAGGUCACGCUAUUCGGCGUGUCGGCCGGCGCGCAUUCAAUCGCCCACCACAUCAUGAACACCGACCUCGGACACUCUCUCUUCCACCGCGCCAUCAUCGAGUCUGGCGCCGCGACCUCGCGCGCCGUCCACACCCCUGACGCCGCCCUCCACGAGUCCCAAUUCCGCCAGUUCGUGACCGAAUCCCACUGCGCCGACAUCCCUGACGCCGACAUCUUCGCCUGUCUCCGCAACCAACCCUCCUCUGUCCUCGCCAACGCCUCCUUCUCCGUCUUCGACAAAUACAACCCCUCUGUCCGCUGGGCCUUUCAACCCGUCAUCGACAACGAGCUCAUCAAGCGCCGGCCCAUCGACGCCUGGCGCUCCGGCGCGUGGAACAAAAUGCCCAUUCUGACAGGCUUCAACACUAAUGAAGGGACUUACUACGUCCCAGUCAACAUGUCCACCUCCACCCAGUUCACUCAGUUCUUUCAUACCCUCCUCCCCGCCUACUCAGACCAGGACAUCCAAACUAUCGACUCCCUCUACCCCGAUCCAUCUCUCGACCCCUCCUCCCCAUACAAAGAGACCAGACCCAUCCCCGUCGGGGCCCAGUAUAAACGCGUCGAAGCAGCCUACGGCCACUACGCGUAUGCCUGCCCAGUGCGUCAAACCGCGCACUUCGCUUCCCUGGACACGGAGAACCCCGUCUUUCUGUACCGCUGGGCGCUCAAUAAAACCGUGCAAGGCGGCGCCAAUCACGCGGACCAGUUACCCUACGAGGCGUACGAUGUGGAUGUGCGGACGUUGUCGGAAGCGCAGGAUGAGGUGGCCGGGACGUUGCAUGCGUAUUUCACGUCUUUUAUUGUGGCCGGGGAUCCGAAUGCGAUCGGGGGGUAUAGUAGACCGGUGUGGGAGAGGUAUGCUGGAGAGGGCAGGGUGAUGGUGUUUGGGGAGGGGAAUGAUGAGAGGGCAGGUGGGGAUGGGGUUGGUGUUGCGGCGGGAUUGCAGGGGGAUGGCUGGGGGCGGAGGGAGUGUGGGUUUUGGGAGGGGAGGAUUGGUUUUUCGGGUUGA